UUCUCAGUGAUGUGAACUCCAUGUACCUGUCAUCCACUGAGCCUCCGGCAGCUGCCGAAUGGGCUUGUUUGCUGAGGCCCCUGCGAGGUAGAGAGCCAGAGGGCAUCUGGAACCUUUUGUCCAUCGUCAGAGAGAUGUUUAAGAGGAGAGACAGCAACGCUGCACCUCUGUUAGAAAUCCUCACCGAACAGUGUCUCACUUAUGAACAGAUCAUUGGCUGGUGGUAUAGUGUGAGGACAUCGGCCUCUCACAGCAGUGCUAGUGGGCACACAGGUCGCAGUAAUGGCCAGACAGAGGUUGCAGCACAUGCGUGUGCCAGCAUGUGUGAUGAAAUGGUUGUUUUAUGGAGACUGGCAGUGCUAGACCCUACCAUGAGUCCCCAGAGGCGUUUAGAACUUGCUGCCCAGCUAAAGCAGUGGCACCUGAAGGUAAUAGAGAUUGUGAAACGGGGGCAGCACCGCAAGUCUCUUGACAAACUCUUCCAGGGCUUCAAACCAGCUGUGGAGUGCUGCUACUUCAACUGGGAAGUGGCCUACCCUUUACCUGGCAUCACCUAUUGCAGCGCAGAUAAGAAAAACGCCUCGUUUUGUUGGGUCAGGACGGUGCAGCAGCAGCGGGGCGCUAAAGCUGGGACCAGUGGGGAACCAGGAGAAGGAGCUCGCAGUGGAAUGUCAGAAGGUACUUCCUCUGAACAAAAGUCAUGGUGCAACUCUCAUCUUCCCCAGCAGGAGGUGGCUGUCCGCCCUAAGGAGACCAUUGUGAGCAAGAGAAAAGGAGUGUCAGGUGUGAAUAGUGGAGGCGUGCUGGUUUGUCUGGGUGGAAGGGUCUCUCUCUCACUUCAGGAGGGAGGUAAAGGCAUGUAUAAAGCCAGUAGCUCCUCCCCAUCAGCUGGUAGUAAGGCCAAGCUUACACAGAGCAACAAGGGUUCAUGUGGAAGUUCGAGUGGCGUCAGUGGGAAGCACCCCAGCGCUAAACGGCGAACUAGCAGUGAGGACAGCUCUCUAGAGCCUGACAUGGCAGAGCUGAGUCUGGAUGAUGGUUCCAGUCUGGCGCUUGGAGCGGAGGCCUCUAACACCUUUGAUUUCCUUCCUCCUCCACCAGAGAUGUUGCCCUCACCCAGCCCUCUUCUCCGAGAGCCACUCAAAUACAGUGGUAACGCUUCAAAAGAGCGUGCAUAUGAGACAAAACGUGUGCUGCCCUCUGCUGCUGAUGCCCAUGCCUGCUCCAUUGCAAUUCCAGUAGUGGUAGCUAUGGAGAAAGAGGUGGAAGUGGAGGCAGAUCUGGAUGAGAACGGAGGAGAUGAGGACCCCGUAGAUGAUACUCGGCCCUCUGCAGCGCUCCCCAGCAAGGCUCAGCGGGGCCGCAGAGAGGGAGAUGGAAGCGUUGUUUCAGGGGCCUCAGGACCUCAGGCAGUUGAGGCAGCAGCAGGAGCAGAUGCUGUGUGUGAAGAUGACUAUCAAGCGUAUUACCUUAGUGCUGCAUCAGAAGAGGGAGCAGAUAGAGGGGUUGCAGACAGCAGCCAUGAAGAAGAGCCAGACAUCUUUGCUGGGAUUAAACCUCUGGAGCAGGAGGGCAGGAUGGAGAUACUUUUUGCCUGUGUGGAGGCUCUCUAUGCUCAUGGCUAUAGUAAUGAAGCGUGCCGACUGGCUGUUGAUCUUGCUCGAGAUCUGCUGGCUAACCCUCCUGACCUGAAGGUGGAGCAGCCGCAGACAAAGGGUAAAAAGAGUAAGGUGUCGACCAGUAAACAGACACAGGUGGCCACUAACACCCUGUCUAAAGUAGCCUUCCUGCUGACUGUGUUGAGUGAGAGGCUGGAGCUCCAUAACCUGGCAUUCAACACUGGCAUGUUCUCCCUGGAGCUGCAGAGACCGCCAGCUUCUACUAAAGCUCUAGAGGUGAAGCUGGCAUAUCAGGAGUCAGAGGUGGUGGCUCUGCUGAAGAAGAUUCCUCUGGGUCUUGUAGAAAUGACUUCCAUAAGGGACCGAGCAGAGCAGCUCCGUGAUGGAAACUUCUGCGACUAUCGUCCGGUUCUACCUCUCAUGCUGGCAAGCUUCAUAUUUGACGUACUCUGCACCCCUGUGGUCUCUCCCACGGGCUCUCGACCUCCUAGUCGGAACCGUAACAAUGAAAUGCCUGGUGAUGAGGAGCUGGGAUUUGAUGCAGCUGUAGCAGCUCUUGGUAUGAAGACAACGGUCAGUGAGGCAGAGCAUCCUCUGCUGUGUGAAGGGACACGGAGAGAGAAAGGAGACCUGGCUCUAGCACUAAUGAUCACCUAUAAAGAUGACCAAAGCAAGCUUAAAAAGAUUCUGGACAAGCUCCUGGAUCGUGAGAGCCAGACCCAUAAGCCUCAGACUCUGAGCUCCUUUUACUCUAGCAAACCAGCCACAAGCAGCCAAAAGAGCCCAUCCAAACACGCCACCCAUGGUGCCAGCGGAUCGACGGGGGGAGUGUCAAAGCACACCCCUGCAGCAACAUCAUCUGCUGUGCAGGGCGUGACCGGCGGGGGAGCGGCAGGGCAGCAGGGCAGUUUAGUGGGUAGUGGAGUUCAGAGUGCAGUGACAGGAGAGGGCAUCGCUGACAACAGAGAUCAAGAGGGUGCACAGACAACCUCCUGUGAGCAGCAGAGCGAAGCUGCACCCUUCAAGCCUGAGUGCACUGUGCCCAGUCGUUUGGCACUGGGGGGUCGCGGGGCAUACGGCACGCGCUGCUGGGGAUCACCUGUACGGCAGAAAAAGAAACACACUGGCAUGGCAAGCAUUGACAGCAGUGCUCCAGAGACCACCUCAGACAGCUCUCCUACUCUCAGUCGACGCCCACUUCGAGGUGGUUGGACAGCAGCUUCCUGGGGGAGAGGCCAGGACAGUGACAGCAUUAGCAGCUCUUCCUCUGAUUCACUUGGCUCAUCGUCAUCCAGCGGCUCACGCAGAGCUGGAGGAGGAGCCAGAGCCAAGAGUACUGACACCAGCAGGUAUAAAGGUCGCCGGCCUGAAUGCCAUGCUCCACACGUGCCCAACCAGCCAUCCGAGGCAGCUGCGCAUUUUUACUUUGAGCUGGCCAAGACUGUGCUGAUUAAAGCUGGUGGAAACAGCUCCACCUCCAUUUUCACUCAACCCUCUGCCAGCGGAGGCCAUCAGGGGCCCCACCGCAACCUGCAUCUGUGUGCCUUUGAAAUUGGCCUGUAUGCCCUCGGCCUGCAUAAUUUUGUGUCUCCAAACUGGCUGUCAAGAACGUAUUCCUCACAUGUAUCCUGGAUUACAGGCCAGGCCAUGGAGAUUGGGAGUGCUGCCCUCAACAUCCUGGUGGAAUGCUGGGACGGGCACCUCACGCCUCCGGAGGUAGCGUCACUCGCAGACCGCGCAUCACGAGCUCGGGAUCCCAACAUGGUGCGUGCUGCGGCAGAGCUGGCUUUGAGCUGCUUGCCUCACGCUCACGCCCUCAACCCCAAUGAGAUUCAGAGAGCCCUGGUGCAGUGCAAGGAGCAGGAUAAUGUGAUGCUGGAGAAAGCUUGCAUGGCAGUUGAGGAGGCUGCAAAGGGAGGCGGUGUUUAUCCUGAGGUCUUGUUCGAGGUGGCUCACCAGUGGUAUUGGCUGUACGAGCAAACAGUGGGUGGAGGCUCUGGGGCCCAGCGAGAGGGGUCCGGCCGCUGUGGGGCCAAUGGUGGAGCAGGGAGAACGCCACCCGAGGGAAGCUGUGGUAUCCUGGAUAACACGGGAGCCUUGGAUCCAUCAGGUGUUGCAUCUGUAACUACAACAGUGACAGCAGCCGCCGUAGUACCUGUCAUUUCUGUUGGCUCCACCAUCUACCAGUCACACGCACUGCCGGGCUCAGCCAUGGGACACACGCAAGGCCUGCAUCCCUACACCACCAUCCAAACCCAUCUGCCUACCGUCUGCACCCCCCAGUACCUGGGCCACCCCCUUCAGCACAUUCCCCGUCCUGUCUUCCCUGUGUCUGGGACGGCCUACCCACAAGUAUAUGACUCAAGGAAGGCGUAUCCAAGCGGUUUUAAGAGCAUCUGUUUGUCUUCUCAGGGAAUGCACCCUGCUUUUAUUGGUGCUCAGUACCCAUUCUCUGUGGCCACUGGCCCUCAUCCUCCUAUGGCAGCGACCGCUGUCACUUUCCCUGGAGUUGCUGUGCCAUCCAUGACUCAGAUCGCUGUCCACCCAUACCAUACCGCAGAGGCAGUCCUGCCUCUUAGCACUACUGUGGCAGCAGGAGGAGUACACUCAGGCUCCACCAUCCAGGCCAUACAGGGGGCUUCUCUUACAGGACUCUCGUCCCAGCCCGCCUCACUGGUCAGCGCACCCUUCCCUGUGGAAGACGAGCAGCACAGUCAACCAAUCAGCCAGCAGGGCCUGCACUACCUCCACUCGGCCUACAGAGUCGGCAUGCUGGCCUUGGAGAUGUUGGGAAGGAGGGCCCACAACGAUCAUCCAAACAACUUUUCCCGUAGCCCCCCGUACACUGAAGACGUCAAAUGGCUGUUGGGCCUGGCUGCGCGUCUUGGUGUGAACUACGUGUACCAGUUUUGUGUUGGGGCAGCGAAAGGUGUUCUUAGUCCGUUUGUCCUGCAGGAGAUCAUAAUGGAGGCUCUGCAGAGGUUAAACCCUGCACAUAUCCACGCACACCUCCGCACUCCAGCCUUCCACCAGCUCGUGCAGCGCUGCCAGCAGGCCUACUUACAGUAUAUCCACCAUAGGCUGAUCCAUCUGACUCCUGCGGACUAUGACGACUUUGUGAACAUCAUCCGAAGUGCCCGCGGAGCGUUUUGCCUGACACCAGUUGGCAUGAUGCAGUUCAAUGACGUGCUGCAGAACCUAAAGAGGGGCAAACAGACUAAAGAACUAUGGCAGCGGAUCUCGUUGGAGAUGGCCACUUUCUCACCCUGACUACUCUAGAGACCAGCGGGGACAGAGAGGCCCAAUCUUCCCCACAGACCACUAUCACAGCUCAAUCCGACACGCAGCACUCUCCGUUCCCCUUGAUAGGAAGUGUAGCCAUGACGACUUCCUGUACAAGCCCACUCACAUGACCGAACAUUUAGUCCUUCAGGCCCUGAAGUCAUGAGAAAGUGGUACAGAGAUACUGGGGCAUGUGAAUUACUCCAGUCAAUGGGUCCCUCCUUCGUUGAGUUGUUGAUCCCAGUGUUGUGUCUGAUCUUAUUUUUGUUCUCUUUUUUUGGUGUGUUCAGUCGAGUAAUUUAAUGGCUAUCUUGUUUUAUCUACGAGUCCUAACAUCUUUCAUUCACUGAUUUCUAUGCUUUGUGAUCCCCUGAGUUCAUUUAGAUGGUUAAUACGGGGACAAAGGUUUUCACUUGCUAUGUUGAUGUUUGGUUCACGUUUAAACAAAACCACUAAAUGUCAGACUUAUUCUGCAACAUUCCUCUACCCUGGAGAACAGAGCCUCCAUCGGUCAUAAAGGAUUUCAACGUUGGAUAGUGGAUGGCAUUGUAAACAUGAGGAGAAUAAAAACACAACUUUAAAAGAAUAAAAGAGACAUUUAUUAUGAAACGAUAAUCAAAGUACGGGUGAGGAUUCUUCAAUGUUUUUGUUUUAUCUUUUGUUUUUAAUAUUUUGUAUAGUAUGGUGUGUCUACAGAGAGCAGGAUGAAGAAUGGAAGAAUGUUAUUACUGACUGCUCACUGACUGCUCUGUGAGUUCCUUUUUCCGGUCAGAUGUUGGUGGCUUGAGUGCUGGAACAGAGAAGUCUGGCUGGACCAGAUUACACAAGCUUUAAUUUUUGAAAUUCAAGACAUCAGCGGUGACUUCACUCAAAAACAAUUCGGGCUUCCUGUCGUUUAAAUUGGGUUCUUUUAUAUUUGAAUUCUAGCUGUUUCUGAUACCAUUAAUACGAACCACACAAUUUCAUUUUUCUGUUCUCAUUUUAAAAUAGGUUAACUGCUCCCCUCUGUCUAACAUUAGUUGAGUGGUCUAUAAAUGCCACUGCCAGAUUCCCGUGUUUCCAGCAUCGGCCCCAGCUUGGAACUCGCUAGUGGAGAGUGACUGAGUAGAAAAUGUACUGUGAUAUUUUUGUAUUCUUCAAGUGUAGCUUGGUUGGGAAAAAACAAACAAAAAAAUCUAUAUAAAUACAUAUAAAUUGUGCUGAUUGCGAGAGGAUGUAAUCUAGAAUAAAUGGGGAAAAGAGAAAAACUAAAUUGGAACGAAGCAAUAUUAAAAAUGUAGAGUUUACUUAAUAAAGAUCAAUCAAAACAC